AUGGACAUUGCACACCCCCUCCAUUCGGAGGUCACCUCCCUCUCCUUCUCGUUCCUGUCAUCCGAGGACAUCCGCUCCAUCUCGGUCCAGCGUGUCGAGAACCCCAUCCUCCUCGACAACCUCAACAUGCCCACACGCGGCGGUCUGUACGACCCCAAGCUCGGCCCAAUGAAGAAGGGCGACAUUUGCGAGUCUUGCAAGCUGUCGUACUUUGACUGCCCGGGACACUACGGACACAUCGAGCUGCCAACGCCCGUGUUCCACCCACUCUUCAUGAACCAGUGCUAUCAGCUGCUCCGAGGCGUCUGCCUGUAUUGCCACCACUUUAAGAUGCCCGAGAUCAUCCUGAAGCGGUACGUCGCGCGCCUGCGCCUGCUCGACGCUGGAUGCCUCGAGGAGGCACACUACGUUGUGCACCUUGCCCCGUCUGCUAGUGCGUCAAAACAAGCAGAGGAUGGGGACCCGACCGACGAGGACGCGGACGCGGACGUGAGCGCCGAGAGUGCUGCCGAGUUCAUCCUCCGCAUCGAGACGUACGUCAAGCAGGUGAUCAAGCACAAGAAGAAGAAGAACGAGCGCGACGCGUACAAGGAUGGACUGGUGUACGAGGAGCGUCGUCGUGUUCUGCAGGAGUUUGGCAAGAAGAUCUGGAACCGCUGCUCGCACUGCCAGGCUUACGGCAACACGUUCCGCAAGGAGAAGGCGAUCAAGAUUGUCGAGUACGACCUCACGCCAAAGCAGAAGCAGGCGAACGCGGUUCUCAACCUCAAGAAGCCGUCGGCUUCGUUUGGCGUCAACGGCCGCUCGCUCGUCAACAAGAAGAAGAAGAGCGACGCGAUGGACGUCGACGAGGGCAUCGAAGCGAGCUCGGCUUCUGGCAGCAGUGGGAGCGAGGACGAGAUGGACGUCGAUGACGAAGACGAGUCCGAAGAGUCUGAGGACCAGGUUGACGAAGGUCUCGACGACGACGGCAUCGCGCGCACUGCCUCGGGCCAGGUCAAGGGCUCUCGCGGACGCAACGAGCGCGUCAUGGCCGCCGCCGAGGUCCGCGGACACCUUAGGCGACUGUUCCAGCUCGAAUCGGAGAUCUGCAUGCUUAUCUAUGGCCGCCACGGCACGCCCUCAGCUCGUGCACACGCCAACCCCGCUCCUGUCGCGGACAUGUUCUUCAUGGACGUCGUGCCAGUCACCCCGACGCGCUUCCGCCCUGCAUCGAUGAUGGGCGACGACCUCUUCGAGAACGCGCAGAACACGCUCCUCGCUGAGCUCAUCACCACAUGCGAGCGUGUGCAGACACUCAGCCAGACGCUGCGUGACUUUAAGCGGCUCGACAAGUCGCCUGAGCUCGCCGAGAAGCUCAAGGCCUUUGACGAGACCCGCUCGUUCGCGUUGCUCCUCGAGUCCCUCAUCUCCCUACAGCACAACGUCAACAGCUUGAUCGACAGUACCAAAAACCCCAAGGUUAUGGCGCAGGGCAAGCUCCCGCCACCUGGCAUCAAGCAGCUGCUCGAGAAGAAGGAGGGUCUAUUCCGGAAGCACAUGAUGGGCAAGCGUGUCAACUACGCUGCGCGUUCGGUUAUCUCUCCUGACAUCAACAUCGAGACCGACGAAAUCGGCAUCCCACCAGUGUUCGCCAAGAAACUCACGUACCCCGAGCCCGUGACGCCGCAGAACGUUCACGAGAUGCGCCGCCUAGUCAUCAACGGGCCCAAGGUUCACCCCGGCGCGACAAUCGUGCAGAACGAGGACGGCACGCAGGUGUCGCUUGACAGGAUGUCGCCGGAGCAGCGCGAAGCUAUUGCCAACCAGCUCCUUACCCCGCAGAAUGACCAGUUUGCCGGCGGCAGCAGCACGUCGAUCCCCCCCCGCAACAAAAAGGUCUACCGCCACAUCCGCGACGGAGACAUUGUCAUCCUCAACCGUCAGCCGACGCUGCACAAGCCGUCGAUGAUGUGCCACCGCGUCAAGGUGCUGCACGGCGAGAAGACGAUCCGCAUGCACUACGCCAACUGCAACUCGUACAAUGCCGACUUUGACGGAGACGAGAUGAACAUCCACUUCCCGCAGAACGAGAUUGCGCGUGCCGAGGCCCAGAUGCUCGCCAACACCGACAACCAGUACCUCGUCCCGACAUCCGGUAACCCCCUCCGUGGUCUGAUUCAGGACCACGUCGUCGCUGGAGUGUGGAUGUGCAACAAGUCGACGUUCUUUACGCGCGAUCAGUACUACCAGCUCAUCUACGGUGCGCUCCGCACCGAGGACAACUACACUGGUGGUGGCCGUAUCCGUACCCUUCCCCCCGCCAUCUUCAAACCCCGCCCCAUGUGGACCGGCAAGCAGAUCUUCUCGACCAUCAUGCUCAACCUCACCCCCGACAACGCCAAGGGCCUCAACCUCAUUUCCCAGAACAAGAUUGCCAACAGCUUGUGGAAGCGUGACGACUCCAAGGACAAGGACAUGUCCGAGGAGCAGGUCAUCUUUGUCGACGGCCACCUCCUCGUCGGUAUCCUCGACAAGUCGCAGUACGGCGCUUCGUCGUACGGUCUCGUACACUCGGUACACGAGCUGUAUGGGCCAUACAUUGCCAACAGGUUGCUGGCAGUCCUCUCGCGCGCGCUCACAAAGUACUUGCAGCACACGGCGUUCACGUGUCGUAUGGACGACCUGAUCCUCACGGACGAGGGCGAGAAGCUCCGCAGGGAGAUCCUCGACGCCGCCAAGGAGGACGGCGUGUACACGGCGAUGAAGUACGUCGGUCUCCCCGAGGGCUCGAGCCCCGACGACCCGGCCGCGCAGGCCAACCUCAAGAUGCGCCUCGAGGGCAUUCUGCACGACGACUCGCUUAUGGCGGGCUACGACGGCGUGAUGCAGCAAAAGUUCAACAAGACGACGUCCAAGAUCAACAACGACGUGCUCCCUGCCCACCUCAUCCGGCCCUUCCCCGACAACAACAUGCAGACCAUGACAAUCUCAGGUGCCAAGGGUUCCAAGGUCAACGCGUCGCAGAUCUCGACGUUGCUCGGUCAGCAGGCGCUCGAGGGACGCCGUGUACCGACCAUGGUGUCGGGCAAGACGCUGCCGGCGUUCAAGGCCUACGACACCUCGGCGCGUGCGGGUGGCUACGUCGCGAACCGUUUCUUGACAGGCGUCCGCCCGCAGGAGUACUACUUCCACUGCAUGGCUGGUCGCGAGGGUCUUAUCGACACGGCCGUCAAGACUGCGCGUUCGGGAUAUCUCCAGCGCUGUCUGAUUAAGCACCUCGAGGGCGUCAAGGUGCACUACGACCACACGGUGCGCGACUCGGACUCGUCCGUCCUUCAGUUCCUCUAUGGCGACGACGCGAUCGACGUGACCAAGUCAAGACACUUGACCAAGUUUGACUUUGCGGCGCGGAACCACGACUCACUGCUUAACAAGUACGACCCGAGCGCAAUUGCCGGCAAGGUCGACGACAGCGAGGCGAUCGACUGGAGCAAGAAGGCGCUCAAGAAGCCCGCCAAGUACGAACCUGCCAUGAGCAUCUACCAGCCGAGCCGUUACCUGGGCUCCAUGUCCGAGGCGUACGCACGCAACGUGAACGAGUACAUUGCGUCCAACAAGGCCGGGUACAUUCAGCCGCGCAAGGGCGAGACGCCGCCAUCUGCUUACGCCUCUGUGCGUAUUCCCGAGCGCGAGUUCACGCAGCUGGCAAGAGUGCGCUACAUGCGCUCGCUCGUCGACCCAGGAGAGGCGGUCGGCCUGCUGGCGUCUCAGGGUGUCGGCGAGCCGUCGACGCAGAUGACGCUGAACACCUUCCACUUGGCUGGUCACGGUGCUGCCAACGUCACGCUUGGUAUCCCCCGUCUGCGUGAGAUCGUCAUGACGGCUGCACGCAAGCCUGCCACUCCGACGAUGACGCUCCCGUUGCGCGAGCACGUCGAGGCUGGCGACGCUGAUACAUUUGUCAAACUCGUGAGCCGACUCACGCUGUCCGAGGUUGUGGAGAAGGUCACGGUCACCGAGCGGUUGUCCGGCAAGACCGCCGAGGCGAACAACUCGCGCGUGCGCAGGUACACUGUUCUGCUGGACUUCUACCCUCCAGAGGAGUACACGGAUGAGUACAAGAUCACGGUGGACCAGCUGCACGACUCGUUGUGCACGUCGUUUGCGGACCGGGUCAAGCGCCAGAUCGUCAACCAGCUGCGCACGGCCAUCAAGGCCAAGGAGCAGGACCAGGCCGUGGGCAAGGGUCUGCGUGUGCGUGCUGGUGCGGACAUUGAAGAGGCGCCCAGGCGGGGAAGAGACGAUGAGCUCGACGACGACGACGAGGACUCUGGGCAGCUCAAGCGGGCCCGUCAGGCGCGCGCUCUCGAGUACGAGGACGACGACGAGGAGACGGGCGUCCAGGACCUCGAGGACAUUAUCGAGGCCGGGCAAGAGAGCGAGUCGGACGACGAGGACGAGGAGGAUGACGCUGCUACCAAGGCCGCAUGGGACGCGGCAGCCGACGUGCUUGCCGAGCAGUUCAAGCGGGCAAGCAAGUACGCGACCGACUUCCACUUUGACUCGCGGGGCAAGAGCGCGCAGUUCGAGCUCCAGUUCCCCGGCCAGGCGCCCAAGCUCCUCCUCGUCGACCUGGUCGAGCAGGCGUGUCGGGAGGCGGUGAUCCACGAGAUCCCGUCCAUCGGCCGCUGCCUGAAGAACUUUGACGACAAGGGUGUCUUUUCUCGCUCGCUCACGACCGAGGGCUCAAACAUCCGCGGCAUGUGGGCGCUGGCCGACGAGCUGAUCGACCUGGACAAGAUUGGUAGCAACGACGUCUACGCCAUCCACCAGACGUACGGUGUCGAGGCAGCCCGCCGGACAAUUAUCAACGAGAUGACGGCCAUCUUCGGUGUGUACGGCAUCGACGUCGACUACCGCCACCUGACCGUUAUUGCCGACUACAUGACGCACUCUGGCGGGUACAGCCCGUUCAACCGUACGGGUAUUUCGCACAAGAGCUCGCCACUGCUCAAGGCGUCUUUUGAGACGACGGUUGCGUUCCUCUCUGACGCGACGCUACACGGAGACUUUGACGAUCUCACGUCGCCCGCGGCAAAGAUUGUGCUGGGCAAGCCGAGCGGGAGUGGAACGGGCGCUUUUGAUGUGCGUGCGCCCACGCGCAUGUAG